AUGAUCGCAUGCAACAUUUUGCGUGCACCUGCUUGCACCCGCUGUAACCGCUGCAUCGACACGUAUUACCUGGUCAUGAAGCUCACGUCUCUUGUGGCCUCCUUCGCCUACCGCCCGUCGUCCGCGCUGCUGCGCUGCCUCCUCUCGCUCCUCCUGACCUGCUCCGCCCGCUUCAGAAGCCUACUGGAGAAUCUGGGCGUGGCGCCGCUCCCUGCGGUGGUUCCGGACUCGCUGGUGGUGGCGCUGCUUGAAGGCGUGAUGGAGGAGCAUAACCUUCUGCUGAUCUUCUUUGGCACACAGGUCAUUGCCCAAGAGGAAAGGGACAAUGUGGCUAUUGCGGCUGCAAGGAAGGAAGCUCUGAUUUCCAUGGUCAUUGCUGCUGGUGACCCUGGUGCCAGUGGUGCGAUUGGGGGCACGGGGAAUGUGGAGGGAUGGAGGGGGAAGGCAGUGGCAUCAUACCUGGAGCCGUGGCCGGGAGGGGGGGGGGGAUCCUCUGCGUGUGUGAGGGAGAUGUUGCUGGGGGAGACCAGCUACUGCCCCCAGGCCUAG